UUUUUCCUAUCUAUCCACUGCCUAAUGAGUCUUAUUUCUUUAUAUACCUGAGGUCAGACCUUUUCAAACCCAUUCUCUCAGUGCAGGCUCCUACCUAUCCCAUAGACUUCAGUGGCUGCUGGAAACAGUGCCCCGAGUCAAAGAUACCUCUUCACUUGUUACAUUCUCAUCUCCCAAUCGGAAAAUCCAUCCAGCAAUCAUGGGGUUCAAAUUGAUGGGCUCGAAAAGAGCCUACAACUGGUAUAUCUCUUGCGUCGCAGCAGCAUGUAUGGUCCUCUACGGAUAUGAUGCAUCAGUAUACAAUUCCGUACAAGGCUCAAAAAACUGGGUCGCCUACUUCAAUAAUCCAGACGAAAACAUGAUAGGAGCUGUCAACACAGCUUAUACUGUGGGUGCCAUCUUUGGUGGUUUCUUCUUAGGUGGUCCAACAGCGGACUUUCUUGGCCGUAAAUUUGGAAUGGGAAUAGGUUGUGUUAUGGUGAUCGCUGCCACGUUCAUGCAGACCUGGGCUCCUCGUGGAAACAUUGCUUGCUUCCUCGCUGGACGAUGCAUUAUCGGUAUCGGUCAAGGAAUUGCUUUGACCGCGGGUCCUAUAUACAUUGGUGAGCUAGCGCCGGCGGAAAUCCGUGGUAAAAUCAUGACUUUCUGGCAAAUGUUCUAUUCGGUUGGAUCUUUCAUUUGUUUCUGGGUGAACUACGGAUGCACAGAGCACAAGGAAAACUUGGGCGAAUGGGACUGGAAAAUGGUUGUUAUCUUCCAACUCUUAGUUCCUUGCUUAAUUCUCGCUCUUCUGCCCACCAUCCCAGGCUCCCCCCGUUGGUACAUCCAACGGGGCAAUAACGUCGAGAAAGCCCGUGCUGCUCUCCAGAAAGUUCGGGAACCUGAUGAGGUCGAGGAGGAGCUCUUGAAGAUCCGUGAAGCCAUAGAGUAUGAAAAGGAAGCUAUUUCUGGAAGCUACUCUGCGCUUUGGAAAGACAGGUCUCUCCGCAAGCGUAUGGCUCUCGCACUGGUCGUCAACGCGGGUCAGCAGGUCACUGGACAGGGCACGCUGAACACAUACUCUACCAAGAUCUACCAAAAGGUGUUCCCUAGUGCUGGUCAGAUUGCUCUCAUCAACGCUCUCAAUGCGACCUUUGGUAUCAUUUUCACCCUGAAUGCUGUUUGGAUCAUCGACCGAUUCGGGCGCAAAUUCCUUCUUAUUGUGGGUGGCAUUGGUAUGGGGAUCUGCAUGAUCAUCGUUGCUGCAGUCGAGACCGAAACGCCAUCACCAAACGGCAGCAAGAGUACGCCUGUUGGGAUAUCGAUCGUAUUCUUACUCUUCCUAUUCAUAUUCUUUUACAAGCCUUCUUGGGGAGCUACCGUGUGGAUCUGGACUUCCGAAAUUUUCUCGAUGAACGUCAGAGCUCAAGCGGUGGGAAUGGCAUCUCAGACGCAGAAUGUCGCCAAUGCCAUCUUCCAGCAGUUCUUCCCAAUCUUCCUCAAAAACUGCGGCUUCUACGCGUUCUACAUGUUUGCCGGGAUCAACUUCCUCUUGGCAGUGUUUGUGUUCUUCUUCAUCCCCGAGACCAAGCAAGUUCCUCUGGAAGAGAUCGACGCACUCUUCGGUGGUGCCAACCAUGCCACGCACGGCGAGGACCUUAUUGCGCGUGAGAAGCAAAUGCAGGCGACGCAGUCGAACGUGGGUAACGAAAAAGCCGAAGCCAUCACAAUUGAGAAUGCACCCGCACGGCAGCGCCAAUAGUCGCAUUAUAAUAUGGCUGCAAGCUUAUGAGCCUUCCAUUCUAUAUUUGAGUGGAGUUGAUGUCUCGUGUAGUCAAUAUUGGGAGGGAAUUAGUCUGAAUAUUUUUCUUGCCUAUAAUACUACAGCGUACUGUAUACUCAUUAAU